AUGCUGAUCCCUUCGGAGAACACACCCCCUGAUGUCGAGGCUGCAAUCGAUGCCAAAAGGCCACCACAGAGCAAGAAGAAACCGGAUGGAAUCAUUGGUUAUAUCCACAAUGUAUACGUGGCGGAAACCUGGAGAAACAAAGGAAUCGGGUCGAAACUCUUGCCGCAGGUGUUCAGAGAU